UGUUCAUGGAAGUGCCUUGUCUGACAAAGUUGAGUUUAAUAACAGCCAAAAUUCUCCCUCACUUCAAGCAUUCACUGGCAAAGUCAACUGAAGCCAUUUACAAAAUCAAUAAAGAAGCUCAACAUGCAGAGCACCCUUCCAGCAUCGUGGUAUCGUGAGCCGGGUUUCUAUCAACUAGAGAGGCGCGCUAUCUUUAGUAAAUCAUGGAUCUUAGUCUCUCAUGUCCACCAAUUCAGCGAGCCAGGCAAAUAUGCUCGUUAUGAGAUGGCCGGCUAUCCCUUUUUCAUUAUCAAAGACCGUGCCGGGAACAUCAAUGCAUUCCUCAACAUCUGCCGCCACAGAGCAUUUCCGAUUGUUCACGAGAAUGAGGGAAAGGCAUUCGUACUAUCUUGCAAGUACCAUGGUUGGUCUUACAGCAUGAACGGCAACUUGGCCAAGGCACCUCGAUUCGACCAGGUGGAAGACUUUGACAAGAGCGAGUAUGAGCUCUACAAAGUGCAUAGCCAUAUCGAUAGCCUAGGAUUCUUCUGGGUCAAUUUGGAUGCAGCUGAAAAGCCGACUCUAAGUUGGGAAGACCAGUUCGGCGGGGUCGAUAAGCAGCCCCGGUUACAGAACUUUGACAUGAGCAACUACGAGUACGACCACACCUGGUCUAUGGAAGGGAAGUUCAACUGGAAAACACUGAUUGAGAAUUACAAUGAGUGUUACCAUUGCCCAACAGCGCACCCUGGCCUCGCACCGUUCUUCAAGGGCAACAAGCAGAUGAACUAUGGUCUCAACAAGUACUGGGUUGAACAUCUUGGCGCAAAAGGAGAGCAGCGUGCCAGCUCUGUCAGUCCUACAUACAUGUUCCCCAACGCAUCGGUCACCCUCACCCCUGUCUUCUUCUACAUGAUGUCCAUCGUACCAACGUCUGCCACCACAAGCUUGAUGCGGUACGAAGUCUACAGGUCAAAGACAGCAACGCCUGAGGAGUUGAAAGAAAAGUUGGACUUCUUCAGCCAAGUUGAGUCUGAAGACAAGUGGUUGGCCAACGGUUCACAGUCCAAUCUCAAUAGCGAUACAUACACGACUGGGCCAUUUCAUCCUGACGUAGAGGAAGCGGUUGUUUACGUUAUUGGAAAGGUCAAGGGGCUUCUGCAUGAUCAUGUCGCCGAGGAGAGGAAGCGUGGUUCAGAAUGGUGGCCAGCUCGGAGGAGUCCCGUGCAGGCAACGAGGUCCUCGGCUGAAGAGGAUGAGGCGUUCUGCCGAGGCGUGUGUUCAAACUCGAGUGUUAACGACAAAGCUAUGCCCGAAGGUUUGGCAUGGUAAACGGUCUUCGUGGGGUAAGAGCGAUAAGUAUGUGUCUCACAAGGAUGACGGAACUCGCAUUUGGGUAGUCCAUCCAAUUUGAAACUGCUUGAUAGGUUG